AACAUGUCUGGGUGGUUGUGGGGAAAACCUAAACCUAAGAACUUUGAGGAAGUUCUUCAAAAAGAAGCCGAAGAAGCAAAAGCUUCUGAUAUGAUGCCUGACAACAACCAAGGUGAUGCCCCCACUACAUCCAGAGUACAAGUCCAGCAAUCGCCUCCCCCUCCAAGGGAGGUAAGAUUCUCUGGGUUUGAUGCUACAGCUUACGAGCGGGCUGCUAAGGCUAUGAAGGAAAUCGACAAGUCUAAAAAUGCAAAGGAAGCACUAGAGCUGACGCUCAAACAAGAGGAAACGAAGAAAGCUGAGAUGGAAGCCAACAAAAAACAGAUUGAACUUCAACUCCAGCAAGAGAAUACCAACAGGGCCAGGGUUAUGGAGGAAGAAAAAAGGAAAACGUUGAAAGACCAACAACGGUUCAACCAGCAAAACGAACAGUACAAAGAUAGGCUAGCUAGAAAGCGUCAUGAUGAUCAAUUGGAUCAAGACAAAAGGAACAACGAGGAGAUUAUGAGACGACAGGAAGAGUCAGUGAAGCAACAAGAAAUGAUGAGACGAGAGACAGUGGAGUAUCAGGAGAAACUGAGGCACGAGAACGAAAUGAAGAGCAUUGAAGCGAAGAUGAGGGGCAAAGCAAAAGUUGAACGAGAUAAUCACGACCUUAAUAAAGAGAAGAUUAAGCUAGAAAGUAAAGAGAAAAGGAGAACGAUAUUAGAGGCAGUCAGCUCUGUUGGCAAUAUGAUUGGAACUGGUAUCGACACACUGAUAUCAAACAAAGAAAAGGCGAUGGGGGCUGGAGGUGCCAUGUUGGCUCUGGCUGGUGGAUUCUUCAUAGCAAAGCACGGAACUGUUACAGUUGCUAGGUUCAUUGAGAAUAGACUUGGAAAACCAACUUUAGUCCGUGAGACGUCCAGAGCAAAUUACAAGGACGUAUUCAAGCACCCAAUAACUACCGCUGUUAGAAUGUGGCAAGGCAGGAACGGCUUAGACCAGGCCCUGAAAGGAGUCGUCACAAGCCCUUCUCUUGAUAGUCGUCUGAAAGUGUUGGUCGCAUCUACGUUCUUCACUAAACAGAACGGCGGAACCUACCGAAAUCUUCUUAUGUACGGUCCUCCCGGAACAGGGAAAACGCUCUUUGCGAAGAAGCUGGCCACGUCUUCAGGAAUGGACUACGCUAUUAUAACCGGGGGUGACAUAGCUCCUAUGGGUAAAGAGGGCGUCACGGCGCUGCACAAAGUCUUCGAUUGGGGUGCCACAUCUAAGAAAGGGUUGAUACUGUUCGUGGACGAAGCGGACGCUUUUCUGAGGAAACGAACCGAAACUCAGAUGUCGGAGGAUAUGAGGAGUUGUUUGAACGCAUUCUUGUACCGAACCGGGGAAUCCAGUAAAAGUAUGAUGUUGGUGAUGGCUAGUAAUCGACCUGAUCAUUUGGACUGGGCCAUCAAUGACAGGUUGGAUGAGAUGGUUGAGUUUCCGUUACCUGGCCUGGAAGAAAGAGAGCAACUCCUCCAGCUAUACUACAAGAUUUAUGUGGCCGAUCUAGCUGAGAAGGGAGAUAUACAGAUUGAGGAAUUCGACUCAGACUCAGUUUUAAGUGAUAUAGCUGCUCGAAGCGAAGGUUUCAGUGGUCGAGAAAUCUCCAAACUCGGAAUUGCGCUUCAGGCGUCAGCGUACGCGUCUCCAGACAAGACGUUCCGGCCGGAAAUGUUACUGGAGAGAUUAGCCGAAAGUCUGGCAGCCAACAAGCAGAAAUCAGUGUGGAAGAAGCAUGAGGGUAUAGAGGGACUUGUAGGGACAUGAUAACAGUGUUCAGUCUAAUUCUAAUAGGUUCAAUUGGGUGGGACCGUGACACUUGAGAUACAGAGAUAUCCCCGCCCUUCACAAGUAUUGUUCGUGAACAAAGCUCAGAUCAACCUUAGGCUGUUAAGCAUUUAUUUUUGUUGUUUCUAUUUAGAGAAUUGAAGUGGGUUGAUUAUUUCGGUUCCUUUUUGAACCACGGCCUUCCAGACAAGUCCCAACAAACGGACCCUACCAGUGUUGAAUGUUACCAUGGUUACCAUGGUUACGCUGGCCAAUCAGCAGGCUUGCUACAGGUCACCUGACUCUUACCAGCCAAUAAGAGUGCUAGCUGUAAAUCAUGUGGUUUGGAAGCUGGCCAAGUGACCGAGAGCAGGUCUCCUGCUUGGUCAAACUGUACACUUUUGAUAAUAUGCAAGACAGGAAUUUAUAGGUUUUGAUAAGUUCGUAUUAUUUGUCAGUUUAUAUUUUCUGGAGUUAUAAUUUAUUUUAUGACAGUCACGCUAUAUUGAAUCAAGACAUAUAUAUGUGUACAUUAAUUUAUUGUUUUUACAAUCUCAAUGUAUUUCUUCUUUAAUCU